GCCACCUGCUACACAUCGGGUUACCGAGGAAGAGCAGUGCACUGCGGCUUCUCCUCGGCCGUUACUCGAGAGGAAGCAGCGACCUGGAGGUCUACGUGGAGUGAAAGUCUACUUUAAAUCCAAACAGACACCCAUCAGUGGAGGAGGAUUACAACUGUCUGAGCUGUCCUUUGCUCUCCUGCAGAGAUAAUGACCUGAAUCACACCUGAGAGACGCCACAAAUGAAGAAGUGGCCCAAACAGUGACGGCAAAAAUAAACUGAUAAGACCCAGGGGUGCGGUAGAAGAUGGGAGGUGUGUCAGAAAGCGUGUGAACCAUGGCGUCCACGUUGUCCCAGCUGAAGCUCGGCUGGCUGCAUGGUCUUCGUGCGAAACUGCUGCGGCGCUACGAGCACAAGCCUUUAGUGUCAUGUCUGGCUGGUCUGUACGGCUGCAGGUGGAGACGAUAUGAGAGGAGCUUCACUCAGCCGGGAGAGUGCUGCUGCAACAAGAUUGAAGGUGUGAGCUUUGCUCUGCUGGUGGCAGCUUUCUGCCUCACGCUGGUGUUUCUCUACUUCUGGGGACAAGCGAAAAAUGACUACAAUGACUUUGAUUGGUUUAACUUUGGGAUCCUGGGUUUCUGGUUCCCUUGGUCUGUGGUGCUGCUGGUCAUCGCUGCAGGCUUCUUCACCUACGUCACUGUUCUCAUGCUGCUGGCUGUGUGUUUGCUGUCAGAAGGCCAGAAGCUUUAUUUACACUGGAGUCACAAGAUCGGGAUCUUUGUGAGUCUGACUUUCUCCAUCGUAGCCACGGCGGUCCUGUCUGACCUCUGGAGUAAAGAGUGGAAGACGUUACUGCUCUCCUUCCAGAUAACCGCACCUUAUUUACAUGUGGGCGGAGUCUUACUGAUGACAGCGCUGGCCUGGCCGAUUGCUUUGCAUUUUUUUCGCAUGAACAGCAGAGUGAAGAGAGCUCUGAUCUUGGGAGUCUAUCUGAGCAUCCUGUCUGCUCUCUACCUGGUGCCCCUCGGUCUGUAUUCUCCUUGUAUCAAAGAGGACGGGACCCUGGGUCCCGCACCAGCCCUUAUUGGCCACAGAGGAGCACCCAUGCUUGCUCCAGAAAACACACUGAUGUCUUUUGAGAAGGCGGUCGAAGCAGGAAGUGAAGGUUUGGAGACUGAUGUCACAAUCAGCCUUGACGGCGUUCCCUUCCUGAUGCACGACCAGACUCUGAGGAGGACCACCAACAUCCUCGAGGUCUUUCCAAACCGGACCAACCAUCCAGCCGCCAUGUUCACCUGGAGUGAACUGGAGAGCCUAAACGCCGGUGCCUGGUUCCUCUCUCAUGAUCCGUUUGGUACAGUCGGCUCUCUGGGAGCAGACGACCGACUGCGAGCAGAGAAACAGUCUGUCUGCAGCCUGCACGACUUCCUCCAGCUGGCGGCACAAAAAACCAAACUGGUGAUCUUUGACCUCUACCGUCCUCCCAGAGGUCACCCGUACAGAGACACCUGGAUCCAGCGCACGCUGGAGGUGAUCCAGAACGAGUCGUCCAUCCUCUCCUCACAGGUGAGAGAGACUGUGCGAGGAGGCAGGUGUGAGGAGGCACAGUCAGAGGUGCUGUGGCUGCCGUCGGACCUGCGUGCUCUGGUUCAGGAGAUGGAUCCUGAGCUCCAGCAGACAUCUGGCAGCCGGCUCCCUCUAGAGGAGCUGCAGAGUAACAACAUCGUCAAGCUGAACCUGCACUACAGUUCCAUGUCAGCUCAGCUUGUCAGUGAGUACGCUGCAGUGAACAUCAGCAUUAAUCUGUAUGUGAUCAGUCAGCCGUGGCUCUUCUCUCUCGCCUGGUGCUGUGGAGUUCAGUCCGUCACCACCAACGCUCCUCAGCUCCUCAAAUCCAUGAAAUCCCCACUACUCCUCAUGAGUCCAGAAGAGUAUAACCUGAUGUGGAUUCUCACUGAUGGGGCGUCCCUCGUGUUGAUCCUCAUCAUCUUCUUCUUUCACUGGUGGAGAGAACGAGGUCUGGCUUUCUGCUCGGGUGGCAAAAUCACAGCGGACAAUGGGACGUAUAGCAAGUUCAAAACAGAGUUGAGUGACAUCUGGUCGGUCUCCAGCACGAACUCUCAGGCAGAGAAGACACCCAGCCUGGCAACCGUGUCCGAGCACUGAUAUCUGCCUCUGAGAUGAGCUAACCUGGCAACACAGAGCCUCAAACUGCCAAAAACUGUAAGAUCUCUGAAAAAUACAUUGUCAAGUGCACUUUGUUUUAAUUAAA